UCACGAUGUUGGUAUUUUCACGUUAUGUAUUGUUUUUUCGGUAAAUGAAGGAUGCGCCUUUCACCCUGGAGAAAGACUGUUGUGUAUAAGUGCAACCUAGCAAGUCUUCCUCACUUUCUCUAGCCUCGGCGGGGGCACCUUUCUGGGCCUGUGCAGUUUACUGACCGGCUGUGAAAGUUUUGAAGAGGCUCUGGAAAUGGCAUCCAAAGGUGACAGCACCCAGGCCGACAAGUUGGUCCGGGACAUUUACGGAGGAGAUUAUGAAAGAUUCGGUCUGCCGGGAUGGGCUGUAGCAUCUAGUUUUGGGAAUAUGAUUUACAAGGAGAAGCGAGAGGCCGUUAGUAAGGAGGACCUGGCAAGAGCCACCUUAGUUACCAUCACCAAUAACAUCGGCUCUGUGGCGCGCAUGUGUGCGGUUAACGAGAAAAUCAACAGAGUUGUCUUUGUGGGAAACUUCUUACGCGUCAACACUCUCUCCAUGAAGCUCUUGGCCUAUGCACUGGAUUAUUGGUCGAAAGGUCAAUUGAAAGCAUUGUUUUUAGAGCACGAGUUGCUCAAAAUCAUACAGGGUUACUUUGGAGCUGUUGGUGCGCUUCUUGGACUGCCAAACUUCAGCUAACGUGUCAGACGUCUUGCCCUCAAGAUGCCAUCCAAGGAGCUGAACUGCGGGCAGGCACUCGGGCACCGCCGCCACUGGGAACCAAAGGAUAAAAGAGCAGCCGUGCUCCUGUUGAUUUCUAGAUGUCAGGAUGGUCGGCCCGGGAGUGUUGCUGCUGUGGAGGAGUUGUGUGUCCUUCCCCGUGUCCUGCCUCUGAAUGCAACACAGAAAGAUCUUCUAUUUAUUUUAUGUAGCUAACAUUGUAGUA